UUUAUCUGUAAAUCUGAUUAUUUAUUUUUUUCCACUCUCACCGAGUUUUUCUCCUUUAAAGAUCUAUGAUUCUGCUCCUAUUAUUAUCACAAAACUUAUUAAUUUAUCUAAAUUUUAUAAUUUUUGAUAAUUAAAUUACUAUAAAAAUAAAUUAAUUAUUAUUUUUUGCAUUUUAUUUGUAACUUGGUACAGUGUGUAACAAUGAGAAUCUCUUUACUGUUUAUAGUUUGUUUAUUUAAGGGUGUUUUGGGCCGUCCAGGUUCUAUAUAUGGUGGAACAAUGCUGUUAUCUCUUUUGAAGCCGUUUUGGAACUAUAGACGUUAUACUGGAAUGUCCUUGAACCCUCCAAUGUGCAGGGUUGAAAAGACUUAUCCCUACAAAUCCAUAAACAUUACCACUUACGGGUUAAUGAGGAGUUAUACUGCUGUUUUGACUGGUUAUUCAAUGAAAGAAACUAGGACUGGUAUGAAAGCCAACAAGGGUACUUUGUAUGGCUGGAAUUCAAAGGUUAAGCCCCAGCGCAACGGUAAGAUCACCUUUCUUUUCUACUCAGAUUUCAAGAUGCCGAAACCUGUUAAGGGUGAAAGUGCAGAGUUCUGCUGUCACAUAUACUCUCCACCACUUAACAUUGGUCCUAGUGUCAAAGCUGCACUUGGUACUGAGGCUGACGACCCGAAACGAGACUUCGGCUCUGAUGAGAAACUGGACCAAAUUUUAAGAAAGGAAAGCAACACUAAAUCUAAAAAAAUAACUAGUUGUUGUUUUCUAGUUCACGGAUAAUAUUUUAUACCAUUA